AUGGCCCCGCCGCGGCAAGUGCGGCGCUCUGGUACGAGAUAUUCAAAGAACAUUGUAGGAAGAACACAUUCCACAAAAGAUGAAGCUGGCCCAAAGCACAAGCCUACCAAUGUAUUUGAUUUUCCUGAUAAUUCUGGGAUCUCAAGCAUCGGCAGGCUGGGUGAAAAUGAGAAAGAUGAAGAACCCUAUGAAAGCUUUGACCCUCCUUUACACAGCACUGCUAUAUAUGCUGAUGAGGAAGAAUUCUCCAAGCACUGUGGGUCAUCUCUCCCCUCAACUCCUCAAGGAAAAGAAGCAAAAAGAAGUUCGGACACUUCUGACAUUGAAGCAAGUGAAAAUGAGUCUGUAAAAAUUAGUGCAAAAAAGCCAAGAAGAAAAUUCAAGCCCAUUAGUGAUGAAUCUGAAAGCACUGAAGAAAGUGAUGUAAGAAGAAAAGUUAAACCAGCAGAGAACUUAAGUACACAACCUGAAGCUGUUUCAGCUACAGCAUCUUCAGAACCUUCAGAGAAACCAGCUGAAUCGGUCACACUUAAAAAGGUGGGACCCCUUGGUGCCAAGCCCUCUGUUGAAAAAGAGACCCUGGAAACAGAAAGUCAACUGAAAACUCAGAAAAAGAAGAUGUUUCGUGGCAAAAGGAAGAAACCAAGAAGUGAAGCCACAGACUUGGAUACUUCCGACUGUGUACCUAUUUGGUGUUUAAAAGAAAAGAAAACCAGUGACAUCAUGGAGUUAGAUGUCGUUUUGUCUGCAUUUGAGAACAUCCUCCUAGAGUAUAAACAAAAAACAGACUCUAGAAUUUGUAAGGAAGCCAUCAACAAAUUUCAUUCUAAUUUGAAAGAAGAACUCAUCAAAAUGCUUAAAGAAAUCCAGAUGUUGAAAACUCUGAAAAGGAAGAACACUAAGAUGAUCUCAGAUAUCGAAAAGAAAAGGCAACGUUUGAUUGAAGUCCAGGAUGAACUGCUUCGGUUAGAACCAGAGCUGAAACAACUACGAAUAAAGUAUGAUGAACUUAAGGAGAGAAAAGCUUCCCUUAGGAAUGCAGCAUAUUUCUUGUCUAAUUUAAAACAGCUUCAUCAAGAUUAUUCAGAUAUUCAAGAGGAAGAACCAAAUGUAAAGGAAACGUAUGAUUCAUCCAGCCUUCCAGCUCUGCUAUUCAAAGCAAGACCCCUUUUGGGAGCUGAAAACCAUCUGCAAAAUAUCAACUAUCAAUUAGAGAAGCUCCUUGACCAGAAAUGAGACCAGUCUACUAAAGUGUGCACAUAUAAAGAUUAGUCUCAUGCUACUGCCUGUUACCUUCUGAAACUGUA